UAAGACAUUUCCAACACUUCAACUCCUUCCCAAAUUCUCAUACUUCUUUCUACUUCUAUUAAAACAGCAAAUCUUCAUUUCCUCUUCUCUCUUCUUGAUCUGCCCCCAACAAACAAAAAAUGCAAAUGCAGUACAAGAAUUUAGGCAGAUCAGGCCUAAAAGUAUCCCAACUUUCCUACGGAGCAUGGGUCACUUUCGGCAAUCAACUCGAUGUCAAAGAAGCUAAAUCCCUCUUACAAAAAUGUCGUGACCACGGUGUCAAUUUCUUCGACAACGCCGAGGUUUACGCUAAUGGAAGAGCAGAAGAAAUUAUGGGGCAAGCAAUUCGUGAAUUGGGUUGGAAAAGAUCAGAUAUUGUUAUAUCUACUAAGAUUUUCUGGGGCGGGUCGGGUCCAAAUGAUAAGGGUUUAUCGAGAAAACAUAUAAUCGAAGGGACGAAAGCUAGUUUGAAGAGACUGGAUAUGGAUUAUGUGGAUUUGAUUUAUUGUCAUAGGCCUGAUGCUAGUACACCUAUUGAAGAAACUGUUAGGGCUAUGAAUUAUGUGAUUGAUAAAGGUUGGGCUUUUUAUUGGGGGACAAGUGAAUGGUCAGCUCAACAGAUUACUGAAGCUUGGGGUGUUGCUCAAAGAUUGGAUCUUGUGGGUCCUAUUGUUGAACAGCCUGAGUACAACUUGUUGUCUAGGCACAAGGUUGAAUCUGAGUACCUCCCUCUGUAUAGCAACUAUGGCAUUGGUCUUACCACAUGGAGUCCUCUUGCUUCAGGCGUUCUGACUGGAAAAUAUAAUGCAGGGAACAUUCCAGCAGACAGUCGAUUUGCACUGGAAAAUUACAAGAAUCUCGCCAACAGAUCUUUGGUGGAUGAUGUGUUGAGGAAAGUAGAUGGAUUGAAACCGAUUGCUGAGUCACUAGGUGUACCUCUGCCUCAACUGGCAAUUGCGUGGUGUGCUGCAAAUCCUAAUGUCUCGUCUGUUAUUACCGGUGCCACCAAAGAGUAUCAGAUUGAAGAAAACAUGAAAGCUAUCAAUGUCAUUCCAAUGUUAACACCUGCUGUGAUGGAGAAGAUUGAGGCUGUUGUUCAAAGCAAACCAAAGCGCCAAGAUUCGUAUAGGUAGAUAAAUUUUAAGAUCCACUAGGUCUUAAGAGCACUACUAUUUCCAGAAUGAGUUUUCCUUGCUAUCAGUCCCUAUAUCUUGUGUUAUGUUAAGUACACUAAGAGUUGGUGUUGUUUCUGAACCAACCUUUAAUGUUGGUGAAUUUUCUACUUUUCUUUGGGUGGAUGAGAUAUUGGCUUUCAGGGAUGGAAUGAAUGUUGUCUUUACUCAUUAGUCUCUGCUUGUGAGUAGUAAUUUACCUGCAUAUUUCAAGUUGUUUAUGUUUAUCCUGACUUAAAAUGAAUGUUUAUAUAAUUAGUGUUACAUUUCUUCUA